AUGGGUGACAGCUACGUCACAGAACCCACAUUCGUCAAUCAUGAUACGGGUCCAAUUCUAGCAAUUGAUUGUCAUCCGAGUGGAAAGAAAUUCAUCACGUGUGGACAGAAAGCGAACAACUGUAAUGGAUUGGUUGUCGUUUGGAACAUGGAUCCAGUACUCGAUAAAUCAAAAGCUUCCGAUGAGAAUGUGCCCAAAUUGUUGUUUCAAGUCGAAUCACAGUCCCAAUCGAAUUCGUGUCGAUGGUCUCCAGAUGGUAAACGAUUCGCGUUUGGUUCAGAUGAUGCGUCGGUUUCAGUAUGGGAAUACGUGGGCCGUAUCAACUCUCUCGGCUCGAUCACAGGCGGCGCACAAAACGUGGAACGAUACAAAGAGUGUUGUAUUCUACGUGGCCAUCGAAUGGAGGUUCUGUCAGUGGAAUGGUCUCAGAAUGGGCGGUAUCUUGCGAGUGGAUCACUCGACUAUCGAGUCAUCGUCUACAACGCCCGUAAACUUCCCGAUCAAAUUGCGGUGUUGACAGAGUGUGAGGCGCCGGUGAAAGGGCUAUCGUGGGAUCCGAUCGGAAAAUAUUUGACUGGAUUGGAGGGAGAGAAGAAGUUGAGAUUCUGGGCGACGGAUAGUUGGCAGUGUGUUACCACUGUCACCGAGCCAUUUCAGGAUAGCAAAGAAGAAACCGUGUUGUCCCGCCUGGAUUGGACACCCGACGGCAAGUUUCUGAUGACUCCUGCAGCAGUUCAAGACGGUCAACCACUCAUCCAACUAAUCCAACGAAAAUCAUGGAAAUCCGACAAUUUCUUCGCCGGACAUCACAAAGGAACGACGUGUGUUCGAUCGAUGCCCCGUCUCAUCGACGUCACUCUGAAGAAUGGAAAACGAUCACAACUGGCGUGUGCGGCUGUCGGAUCCAGAGACAAAUCCAUCAGUAUUUGGUGCUUUCCGGGGCCAAAAAAGCCGUUACUCGUCGUCAACAACAUAUUCAAUCACACCGUUAUGGAUUUCGCUUGGUGUGACAGAAAUCUCCUCGUUUGCUCACAAGAUGGAACAGUGAAAGUUGUGAAUUUGUCGGAAAAUCUGAUUGGAGACAUGAUUAGUAAUGAGGCGAUGAGUGACCUAUGCUAUCAAAUGUACUCAAUCCGUCCGCCACAAUACGAACCGUCUCACGGGGACGAGGAGAAUAGUCAGGAUUCGUCUGCAAUGGAUACGUCUAUGAAUGCAAUGGGCAGCUCGUCAUUUAUCACGUGUCCAGAGGAUAUUGUGAAUAGGAGAAAGCAACUCGAACAAUCGGAAAAAUCGUCGAAACUCGCCACAAAAGCGGCGGAAGAGAUGCCAAAAGAGUCGGAGGCGAAGACGAUGGAGAAGAAAAUGAUGGAGGAGAGAAAUAAGCAGAUCGAAGUGAGAAAAGACGGAAAACGACGCAUUCAACCGGUAUUCUGUGGCACGACGGCAGCCGACACGCCCUCCGUGGCUCCUGCUCCAGAAGCUAAGAAGACGUCGACGGUGGCAGCUCCACCACCGGCGAAAAAGAAGGCUCCGGCUCCUCCGGUGAGAGACGACGAAGAGGAUCUAGAAGAUUCGAGUGAUUCAGAUGACGACGAUGAGGAGGAAUCGGAGGAUUCAGAUGACAUGGAGACGUCGGAUGUGGAAUCCUCAAGGAAACGGAAGACGACGACGAGUCGAGUGAUGUUGGCAAUGGAUUUGAAGAAGCCAGUGUUGAGGCCGCUGGAGCCGAAGACGUUAAAAGUGACGGAUGGUGACGCGUACCUGGAUGCACCCGAACAACAACCCCGUCUGAGUCAACACGUUCAGGAGAGGAAGGGAAUGUUUGUGGAGGUUGACAAUCGAUGGAAGCACGGAGGCAUCGAGACGACACAGAUUCGACUUGUGAAGAAGAAACAGACGGAGGAGAUGGAGGAUGAUGAAGAGGAGCGCCGACGCACCGUGCAAGAGUGUAUUUGGAUGGCGGUGGUUGGGGCGCCUGUUAUUAUGGUUGCAGCGAAUAAAUACCACGUGAUGCUUGGUUGCGGCGACAAAUGCAUCCGUGCCUACCGUACCAUCUGCGGCACGUACACCUUUUCCGUCCGUCUCGGCGCACUUCCCGUCAUGUUGGGUCUCAAAGAGAACGCCGCCUACGUGGUCACCCAGACGUGUCGCCUAAGUACGUGGAAUCUGAAACAGGGAAAGGCGGUGGUGGCGAGAGAGUCAUUGUUGGAGUGUCUGGAGACAUCCACUCAAGAUAAUAAUAUAUUGAGUGUCGACGUGUCGGAGAGUGGUGUUCCGUUGGUUGUGUUCACGAAUGGAUCCAUUUUUACAUUCAAUGUAUCCCUCUCGUGUUGGAUUCCAGCAAUCUCGACGAAUAUUCUGGCACGACUGACCACACCGAUAUCAGAUGCUCAAUUGGAAAUCAGCAACACGUCGUCAUCGUUGUCUGUCGGCCCGCUCGUUCGACUCCUCAAAAGAAUGAGACGACAGACGACGGCGGUUGGAGUGGCACCGCAAGUCGUCAAAGCUGUCAAAGAGUCACAAUUGGAACAGUUGUUGCAUUGUGCCGAACAGCUAGGCAACCCUCAUGACUAUCAGACAAUUCUCAUGCUUUAUGUCGAGACGUUGUGUCAAGGAGGUUCGGAGAAGAAGCUGAAAAACAUUCUAAACGAACUAUCACGCAGUGGAGCCCCAAUGCAAGUAUGCGGUCUCCGUCGUGCUGCACUCUGCGAUGACGUCACCCGAAUGAUCAAAUUGAGACAACCGGCAAUUGCGGAUCGAAUCGUGGCUGGUGGUACGGCCACCGCGACGACGAGUACAAAGAAUCGAUCACUUUUCUAA